UAACCCUUGGCAUUUCUGAACAGCCAUUUUUGUUUUCGGAUUUUCGUGAAAUGGUUAAAGUUAUUUGCGAAAAUUAACACAAAAUUAACAGGGAAACGACCAAUAAAACUCAUUUUUUUACGUUACACUAAGAACAUUUCUACAUUUUGUACAACAUGGAUCACGGUAGUCACGAAGAAUAUUCUCAGCCCCGGAAAACUGGCAAACAACACAACGUUUUACCACUGUGGGGCAAUGAGGCAACGAUGAAUUUAAAUCCAUUAAUUCUGGCGAAUAUUCAGUCGUCCAGCUACUUCAAAGUGUCACUGUUCAAACUCAAAACGUAUCACGAAGUGGUGGACGAAAUCUACUAUCAAGUAAAGCAUUUGGAGCCGUGGGAGCGAGGUUCACGAAAGACUGCAGGUCAAACUGGCAUGUGUGGCGGGGUUAGAGGAGUCGGUGCUGGUGGCAUAGUGAGUACGGCAUAUUGUUUACUCUACAAAUUGUACACACUACGUCUGACUAGGAAACAGGUUAAUGGCCUGCUUACACAUACAGAUUCGCCUUACAUCCGUUCAUUAGGUUUUAUGUACUUGCGGUACACUCAACCGCCAGGUGAUUUGUACGACUGGUACGAGGAUUACCUACAAGACGAAGAAGAGGUGGACGCAAAGGCCGGCGGUGGACAAACCAUGACAAUCGGACAAAUGAUCCACCAAUGGCUGGUCAAACUGGAUUGGUUUUCGACGCUAUUUCCACGGAUACCGGUGCCGAUACAGAAACAGAUCGAAAAGCGUCUCGAUGAAUAUUCGCGCAAGAACAAUGUGAAUCUACAGGCUCGAUAUAUGAAUGUGGAACGUGAAACUGGCGGUGGUGGUGGUGGUGCUGGUGGUAGCAGUGGCAACAUGGGAAAACGUGACGGACGCGAGCAAUUCGAUCGAAGUCGUGUCGCACCGAAUCGUAAUGAAUACAGAGACGAUCGUCGAUUCCGAUCACGGUCAAAGGAGCGGACGACUGGUGAUAGUCGUGAUCGACGUGGCGAAGGGCAUCGGGAUCAUCGCAAUGAUUAUCACAGAAAUCGGGACAGAAGCCGGGAACGAGGCGGCCGAGACAAAGACUAUUAUCGAGAUGGUGAGGGUGGCAGUGAUCAGUACAGUAGUUCGAGUCGACAUCGAGACCGGGAUCGUGAUCGGGAUAGAAAGUAUCGGUAGAAUAAUUGUGUGUGUGUGUAUGUGUGUGUGUGGACCAAAGACUUGGGAUAGACAAAACGUUUAAAUUAUCGAGAAGAGUACCAUCCAUCCAUUUUCAACCCCGUCUCUCGUCACAUCAAUUUUUCAUUUAAAGUUCAGAGCGGAAAUUUCCGGUUUCUGUUAUUAAAUAAGACAACGCGCGUGAUAAUCGUACAUUGCUUUUUGUAUCAUCAAGAGGGUCAAUGUACGCCACAUUCAUCCGUUUCAUACCUCAACCACCACCAAUUUCUAUUAUAUAUCGAACAGUUAUACGAAUUUGUAAAGAUUUUAUUGACAAUUUAUUUCUCCUAUCAAAAUGUUGUUCCCGUUCCAAUGCCUCCGGGCGCCGGAAUACGCGGAAUAACGGAUUUUACCAGAGUUGUUUGUUGUUUAUUCACUCAGGAAUUUGUAAAUAGAGAAAUCUCGUUCUUUGUUCAAUUAAGAGACCGUUUCUUUACCUGACUUGCAAUCAAUCAAUUAUUUUUUUUAGUCUUCAUUUACACGUGUGCAUGGGACUUUUAGCCAUAAGCUGAUUCGAUUAUCAAAAAAAAAAUAUUUUUUUAAAAUUGUAUUUUGAACCACCGUCAUUCGUGGACGUGUAUCAGUAACACGCUUUCAGCUAUUGUCUUUCUAAGGCAUACAGAACUAAUGUUAAGUUUUCACUUAAAAUCUUCUCAAAUUUAUGUUUGAACAGAGAGCCUUUUUUAUGGAAAUAAAGAAUUACGAAGUGAUUUAUCAACUGGA